AUGACCUUGUCUCCUCAGCGAUCUGCUGGAGCACACUCGAAUGAACGAGGAGAAAGAAACGCACCCAGUUCAUCUCUCGUGAGAUUCGACCUUUUGCAAAUGACCAGGAGUUCACGUUCAUGGGACACACCUCCGAAGACCCUCACUGAUCCAGCUAUGACACAGGGAAUAGGGACAUGUGCCGUUAUGUCAGGUGUUCCAAGAUCGAUGUCUCAGCCCGAUAGUCUGCCGUCUGUUCAGAAAGUCAGGAAUCAACGAUCGGACCCGAUAGUCGGAUUGAGUUUGAUCCAAAGGGUCGUAGCUGGACAGGGGGGAAAGCUUGUAGCGUCACAAGAAGAUAGUAGUGUAGGCAGUCUUGGGUCCAUUGAAGAUAUGUGA